GAUGAUGAAGAUGAUGAUGAUGAUGAUGAUGAUGAUGAUGACGAUGAUGACGAGGAGGAAUUUAACAUUAUUUGCAGAAUUCAUACUAGUCAUUUGGAAGCAAUGUGCCUUGAUGUACUUUUUUAGUUAUUCAUUUAAAGGAAUACGGCUAGAUUCCAUUCCUGCAGCUUCAAAUAGUUUGCAGGUUCGUUCUUCGCUUUAAUAGCUGGUCUUCGUGAUGCUUUGACUUUUUGACUGGAGCUGCCUUGAUCGCUGCUGCGAUCAGCUGGUGGUCAUUCUAGUCAACACCAAACCCGUGCUCUGUAGGCCGCUUGCGCUCUUACAAUUUGUUUUGCCCUAAUUAUAAAGUAUUUUCAACAGAAUUUCUUAUGGUGGAAAAGUAGUUUUGACUUUAAAAGCAGCUUUGAUGACGUUGGGUGCAGGUGAAAGUUAGGCCUAAAGUGGAGCAGCAAAUGUUGUAAUAAUUAUUGAAAGUACCAGCAGAUGUGAUGACAGCAUCAAAAAUAUUCUUUAUUUUUCUUGGUUUGAUUUGCUUUUCCGCCAUAGAAACACGACGUCAUCGAUUUCACAAACACCGCGCUCUUCGCCAUGAUGAACGAGAGCUGAAGAGAACUAAAAGGCAUCUGGAUGCAGAAUUAGAGAAGAUAUUCACUAGAAUUCAGGUUUCGCCGAUUCAGCAUAGCAAAAGAAGUAAAAGGUCCUCAUACCGACCCUACGUUGCUGGACAAGUGCAAGAUGUACGGAUUGAAAUAAAGUUGAAAGCAUAUUGGAAAGACGAAUUGGCAAACAGAUACACUCCACAAUUUCGCCUACUUGCCGGAAAUGUCGUUGACGAGAUAUCGAACGCCCUUAUUGACAACAGGAACUUUCUAGAGGCGAAUGUCCUACGAUUCAGGCCCAGCAAAUGGAACAUUCUGGCAGAUGUUUCUAUGAAAUUUUUCAAGACGGAGGUGGACCCUUUGCACUACAUUGAAGGGAUCGUGGCAUCUGGUUGGAUUUCUGGACUGCAAGUUUUCAAGAAUUAUUUCAAAGUUAUAAAAAUCGUAAAUGGGAAUGUGAAUUUCCCAGCUUGGAAUUAUCCUAAAGGACUUCGUCUGCGGUUGCACCCAGCAGUCUUAACGAAAGUCAACGCUGUUAAAAAAGUGAAGCACAAAGUUGUAUUGCCUGCAAACUACAAAGAAAUAAAGGUUUCCUUCCAACUUUACCAGAGGUGGAACACGCUGUUUCUGGCAACAUUUUCUUCACCUUACCGUUUGCUGAGUGGCAAUAUCGAACAGUCGCUUGAUGAUGUUUUUGGUGGGUCACCAAAUUAUCUGAACUCACAAGUCCUUGGUUUCAGAGAGAGCUCUCAGGGCCAAACCAUAGUGGAUAUGUACGUCAGAUUUGCUAACGCCGAAGUCUACCCUGCACAAAAGCUGAAAAUCCUAAUCUCAUCAGGCAAUGUAGGAGACACUCCAGUGAUUAGCGAUUCGUUGGAAAUUUAUGAAAUUAACAAUGUGACAAGUGACCAGCCGAUUCAAGAGCCAAGUCCAAGUGAUGAGUUCCCAAAACCUCACUCUGAAGCUGAAGUCAACCAGAGCUUAAAUGACACCGAGACUGAGAAAAACAAGGUUAAGCAAGAAACGCCACUGCAAGAGACAACUGAGCCAAUUUACCCGUUAGCCGAACCAAAUAAAGAAAAAAGUGCCAAAUUAGCGCAAAACCAAUCAGCAAUAGCUCAAUCAGCGCCAGUGGCUUCUUCUGCUAGUUCAGUUCCAUCUGAUGAAGCCACCAUGUCGCUAAAGCUACAGCGACUGAAGUUUUCAAAGCAAAUAGGCUACGUUGUUAUGGAGCAUCAACAAGUUAAUCCAUUCGCAAGUGAGAAACCAUUGGCAACUGAUAAACCAUUGGCAAGCGAGAAACCAUUGGCAAGUGAGAAACCAUUGGCAAGUGAGAAACCAUUGGCAAGUGAGAAACCAUUGGCAAGUGAGAAACCAUUGGCAACUAAUAAACCAUUGCCAACUGAGAAACCAUUGGUAAGUGAAGUUAAACAAGUAAAGCCCGUGUUAGGUUCAAAGGACCAUAUGACAUCAUCAGUCAACAAUGUGAUUGCAGAAACAGCUGAACCCAUCUACCCAAAGCAGACCAAGAUUUCUGAUAGCGUCAUACCGUCAAUUUAUCAACAGCAACAACAACAGAGUCAGCAACAACAACUAACUUCGUUGCAAUCGCCGCAGCAACAAAACCUGUUAUCGCAAGGUCAGGUAACCCAGCAACAAGCAUAUCAACCAAUAUCGCAGCAACAGCAACCACCAAUUCCAGGAGGAUCGCAGCAAAAUUCACCGAAUAAAGAAACAAAUUCGCUCGAGGGGAACCUGUGGCAUGAUUUGCCCGAACAGGUAGAGGGAAAGCUAGUUAUGAACCAAGAAAAGCCAGUUUCGCCCAAUUUGAGCAAGGAAAUUGAAAAGGGGAAUGAAAAGCAACUAGCACAGCAACCUCCAAACGCAAAUCAGACAACUGACGGGGAACUUGAGAAAUUGCAAAAAAACAUUGCGGAGCAGCAAAGUGCUACCAACAUUUACAGCUCGGCAGACACCGGCUCACAGGGAACCGAUGAUAACUUUACAGAUAGCUCUGAUACACCCACUCUUGGCAAAAUCCUUUACCCCCAACUUUCAGCCCCUAGAGAACCUUCAAAAGGGUACGGCGCAAGCAAGGCUAACAGCACUGAGGAAAAUGCCGCACUGAAAAAACCGCAAUCUCAAGAGGUAUUUUUGCAAGCUGCCGAAAAUUUUCUAUCGGAUAAACAGGACAAUCAAAAUGGCACACAUUCGACGCAAGCUGAAGCAGAAGCUAAAGAAAAUGCCGAAGAACAAAAAGCUGUAGCGACAAUGGUGGCUGGUGUUGUCAGUCAACGGAUUCAGCAUUUUAAAGCCAGCCAGAUGCAAGUCACAUAUAGUCCCAAUGCCAAUAGCAGUGUGCGAAACAACAACGUCAUCAGUGAAUCCAAUCGCAAUCAAACCAAACCUCAGCAAGCAACUAGGCCGUCCACAGACUACCAUUAUGGAGGAGAUGUUAUCUCUCAAGCUCGUGUCGACAACCAACCUAACCAGUUUGCAAGUGUCCCAAACAACAGACUUGAAACUUCAAGUCCUGGGAAAACUUUGGCUAACUUCUCUGAAAGUCAGAGCCCACAAGGCGGUGCUGCUGCCGAAAAUUGGAACGCAAAGACGCCAGGCACUCAGCAAACGAAUUCAGAGCGAAUUCAAAUUCUUAACAACAUGAAGGGGAACACGAGUUAUUUUCAGCAGCAACAGCAGAAUGCUUACCAACAACCACAGCAACAGAAUGCCUACCAGCAACCACAGCAACAGAAUGCCUACCAGCAACCACAGCAACAGAAUGCCUACCAACAACCACAGCAACAGAAUGCUUACCAACAACCACAACAACAGAAUGCUUACCAACAACCACAGCAACAGAAUGCUUACCAACAACCACAGCAACAGAAUGCUUACCAACAACCACAACAACAGAAUGCUUACCAACAAGAAAAAUCCCCUGCUAUUUCUUUUUCAACCAACGCAACGUCACCAAAUUAUGCUUACUCAUCCUCUGAGAACUCAGCACAGGAACAAAAACCUCCAAAAAAUGCAACAUUGUACACAGCAUCUAGCUAUUCAAGUCAAGAAAACAUCCCGGAACCGUCUUGGCCACUCGCCACUCCAAGCAAGAGCGCGUUAAGCAAGCCAUCUGUUCAACUCAAUAUUCAGCAAAGUGAACAAGUCAACUACGAACCAACACCUCUUAUUGUCACCAGCAAAGACUCAUCUAAUGAAAAUUCAAGUGAUAAAACGUUCAGGGUUCAUCUAAAGCCCCAUAUUUAUACUCCGAAAGUGCAGCUUUACAAGUGGCCACCAGUUGCUUUACCCGUAGAAGUAAAAGAAGCUCCUCCGCAGCUCCAACCAGAGGCUAUAACUGGAAACCAAAUCAUAACAGCCUCUUCACAACAUGCUUUGCAUGGCAAAAUGACUCUUCAACAAACAUGGCACCCACUCUUAGACAACGAAAACAGCCUUCCAUACAAAGUACUGAAGGAACAUAUUCAACAUUCGAUUGAAGAGACAUAUUCGUCCCAUCAUCUCAAUGUUAUUUGCAAAGUAACUGGCCUAAGCAAAACACCGCGAAAAACCACGCAUGCAAUUACCAUGGAAAAGGUUGGAGUGAAUUUCGAUCUUUUGUACGUUAAUAACGAAGGCGAAGUGGUAAAAACAAUGAAACAAGUUGCUAAAAAUGGAGUUAUUGCAGAGUUGCUGGUUUAUCCAGAUUCGGUCUCAGUUGCAGAUGAAGAAUCCCCGUAUACUCUUCCACCGGCCAAAAUGCAAGAGAAGCCAGACAGAGCUACUUCAAGUGCAACGGAUCAAAAUAUUGUUGCAACGUCACCAAUGCCCCUGGGAAACACAACACAAAUAAGCCAAGAAAACGUCACAAAGGCAAACAACUUCAGCACACCUACACCUACAACAAAAGCGCCAGCAAUGACGACAAAGCCAGCAGAACCAAGUUUCGAGUUUGUGACUGCACCGAAAGACAUCCCAAAGUCGUGUGAACAAAUUCGUGAUUAUGGUAUUGGAAAAUCGGAUGGACAGUACGUGCUUGAGGCUCGAAAAGGAUGUCAUCUUAGCGUGAUUUGCCAAAAUAUGGAGGACAAACAUCCAAAAGAGUUCCUUGGCGGUCCGAAUAAAAGUGAAUGGGAGGCUUAUCCCUUUGCAGCGUUAAUAAAGAUAUCGAGUCAUGAUAAAGAAAAUAUUCAAAGCGGAGCUUGCCUCGAGAAUUCAGACGAAGGAAGGAAGCUUCUGGAACAAAUAUACAGAGCAAAGGGCAAGCAAAACCUGCCUACUCCGCCAUGGAAAACAAAUAUCAAGCGACUUUUGGAGGGCCGAAAAAGACGAGAAAUCAAGAAAAUAUUGACCGUUAUCUUAGCAGCUGACCCAGGAAAGCAAAAAAGAAACAAAGCAAACGAACGUUAUCCAAGAUCAUCAGGAAGAGAAGGAGAAGACUGGGGAGUGUUAUAGACAAUAAAUGAAUUUGUUAGGAAUGUUGUUGAUGGGAUUUACUGUGUUCGUAGAAAUGGUCCGGUUUCGUAACACGUGUCGUAAUUUCCAGAUUAAAUUAUUACCCUGAAUGGGUAUAUCGUAUAAAUGACUGAUUGAAUUACUCAAACGACACAACAGUCUACUAGAAAUGUCUUUAGAUAGCGAUGCAUUAUUUGUGGGUCUCAAAUGUUUUUCUUUAUGUGGCGUUCAGCCAAGACUGGAGAUUAGAUAGCGGAUUAUUAGGAUGAAAUCGCUUGCUUUGAUGAUGUUGAACAUUUUGGCAUCCAUUUUAGAUUCGGAUGAUAUUUGAGUAUAAAUGUCUUUCGAUUAAUUAAAUUGGAGGAAACGAAAUCUAUACAACAAAUAAACUAAACUGGACCCAACGACAAGGCUGUCUGAAACGUACUUGAAAACGGCAUUGUCAAUUUGGAAUAGAUGUUUUCAAUUAGCAUACUAAAAAUCUUCAAAUAUCCGUAAAAUGACUCCAUUUUAAGUCCAUCUUCUGGAUCCUCGAACAAGGAACUGGUGACCUUUCAGCCACGUGCUGUGAAUUAUUUAUAUCUUUCAGUUUAAUUAUCUAAAUUAAAUUCUAAGAUUAUUGUGUAAUAAAGUUUCUUGCUUCUUUAAUGUUUAUAUCAAGAAGCCAGACAGACA